AUUAAAUUACACAGGUAUUAUAUAACUUAGUGAGGAUAUGCUCUAUAUUAAACACGUGAGGCUAGAACAACGUCUAGAACGGACUAUCGUGAAAUAGAUAGACUAUCCUGAUCGCACCAUCGUAAAAAACCAUCUUAGAUAAAGAUAUCUUAAACGUGGUUGGCUGUGGUGUUAACAACGCGUAGAGAUGGCGGGGUUAAAAUGAUGAAAAACCUAGAAUGAUUCAAACAUUGUUGCUUCAAUGAUGAGCAACCAUAGUCACGGUUACCCGGACAAGCGUUUCGCGGUUGUUGUGAACGAGAAUUUCCACUGUUUGAUAUGCUACCAAGUUUUAAGAGAACCGGUGCAGUGCAGACGAAAUGAACACUAUUUCUGUUUGCACUGCCUCACGAGGCAUCUAGAAAUGGCUCAAACCUGCCCCGUUUGUAAUGAUGGGCUGACCUUGAAGACGAUCAAAGAGCCGUCGAGGAUUGUUGCAGACUAUUUGGCCCGGCUGAGCAUUAGCUGCGAAUACGAGGCGAGAGGUUGCAAAACACAAGUGGAAUUAAAAGCAUUAACACAGCACGUUCAGGAGUGUGAUUUCAUGCCAAUCGUUUGUUCGAACGAAGGCUGCUCGAAGACGAUAAAUAAGAAGGAUCGAAAGCAUCACGAGAACGAGGUUUGUAAGUACAGGAAAAUAAAGUGCAGCAGCUGUGCUAAAAGGGUUCAAUGGAGGAAGUACGACACACACGGGUGUGUACUCAAGGGGAUCGUGGAGGACUUGAAGGACCAAUGCGGAGAGAUGAAGAAUCAAAUGGGACAGUUGAUGGAGGCGAUGAAAAAACUGGAUGAAAGGCAAAAAGCUCAAGACAAAACCAUGAAGAACAUGGCAGCAAUGAUCUCAGACUUGAAAGAUACCAUCAAUGCCCUACCAACGGCUGCUCCACGCCCUGACAACAAACCCAGGAACGUACCAGAAUGCAACAUUCUCAUAGCUGGCGGUCACGAUGGCACGGGUUAUCUCAACUCUACAGAGAUGUUCAACUUCGCCACGAGAACAUGGACGACGUUAGGAGAGAUGAAGAAUAGUCGUUUGGCACCAUCUGCAUUCGUUUAUCAAAACAAUGUCAUCGUUGCCGGAGGAUUUAAUGGCGAUACCAGCACAGAUAGAAUGGAAGGCUUGAACACCACUCGAAGCGCUAAGACCUGGCGUGACUUUCCUGCCUUACUCCCCCUGAAAUGUAACCGCCACAAGAUAGUUUCAUCAAAGUCUCUUCGUUACGGGGGGCGAGAACAGCGAGGAAAACAAGAUCUCGGACGCCAUCUACGAGAUUUGCAUCACAUCUUCACAAUCGCCGAAGAUUGUGUGUCAUAUGCCAGAGCCAAGAGUUGGUCAUGGGGCGAUAUUGCAUGAUAACAAGGUUGUCAUUGUGGGCGGACGAACGACCAACCGAUUCAAAGAUGCGACCAAGAGCGUCCUUGUUUUUGAUAUCGCGUCAAGAAAGUCCAAAGAGUUGACGCCGUUACCUUACGAGGUCAGUCAAAUGGGAGUUAUUUGUCACGGAGGAAAUCUGCUCGUCUUUGGCGGCCAGGACAAAGAUGGCAAUGUUUUGGAUUCCGUUGUCGCUUACAACAUCGAAACGGGCAGGAACAAGCGACUACCGAGCAUGAAAACUAAGAGAGCUGCUUGUGCGGCUGUUUUGGUGGAGAACAUGGUCGUGGUGAUGGGUGGCAGAGAUGACAAGAAGAAUCAUCUUGAUUCAGUUGAGUGUUUCAGUCUUGAAACGCAAGAAUGGAACGAACUGCCCACAAUGAAUACACCACGUAUGUACGGAGCCGCUGUGGCAAUACCUCAGGGAUCGCUGGCCCAGGAAAGCUAGACCUCGAUGUUUCUCGCGUCACACCAUAGGCAGCCCAGACUUUGACUUACUUCGUCUAUAGCAUUACUUCGUCUAUAGCACUGUUUUUUAUUAUCAAUGGUCUGUAGUAAACAAAGUGAGCGCGACAUACACAAGUCUGGACUGCCUCGCACCAAUUAGAAUUGGUCAUCUUAGAAUAAAUUACUUUAACCAAUCAGAUAUUG